GGACUGAAAGACCCAUUGCUCCAGGAAUCCUUUUUGCCAACGCUUUUUUAAGAAGAGAAGAGAAAAGAUGAAAGCUGACAUUUGCUCCAUGACCAUUACUUUGGUUUUGGCUUUGAGCAGUGCUGCUAAUAGGACGGAGGGAAGGAGACGUUUUGGUAAUGAGUCAGGAGCAGCUGAACUUGAAGUUCAUCACCUCAGAGAUACUCUGUGUUUGUUUUCCUCUCUCAGUGUUUACACAAGAUGGCCAAGAAUGCAGGUUUCCUUUUCGAUAUGGUGGCACAAUACACUACUCAUGUAUAUCAAAUACAUUUUCUCAAAGGAGAUGGUGUUCAACUACACACAAUUUUGACAGAGAAGGGAAGUGGGGUUACUGUGUCACGUCAUCUGAGAAAUCCCUAAACAUUUCAGAUUAUUGUGUGAGUCAUCCUUGUAGAAAUGGAGGCACGUGUUUUAUUGAACAUGAUCAACAUUCUUACCAUUGUAUGUGUCCUGAAGGAUUCAUGGAGAGAAAUUGCAAAGUGGCAAAAUGUUUUGAUGAGAGUCUCUAUGAAUAUUUUGCAACUGGAGAAAGCUGGGCAAGGAUCUUCCAAGGGACAGUUCAGCAAUGCGCAUGUGUUAACAGCAUCAUUGAAUGCCAGCCUGCACAAUACAGAGGCUGCACUGUCAAUCCAUGUCUCCAUGGCAGUUCCUGCAGGCAGAUUGUCUCCACUGGCAAAACGGUCUGUGGGUGCAAACAGCCAUUUGUGGGACAGUACUGCAAUAUUGUUCCUAGUCACCUGUGCUAUUCUGGUAAUGGGACAGACUACAGAGGUAUUACGAAGAAGACAGCCUCUGGAGACAGAUGCCUGCUAUGGAAUUCGGUGUUUCUUGAUCAGGAGGUUCAUGCUAACACUCUUGAAAGAUCUUUGCAACUGGGCUUGGGACCAUAUUCAUACUGUCGAAAUCCAGAUGGUGAUGAUAAACCAUGGUGCUAUAUAGUGAAAAACAACAUCAUAUCUUGGGAAUACUGCAAUAUUACAAGAUGUCAGGACAGGAGCAGGCGACCACCCAUCCCAGAACCUGAGUUUGCUGUUCAUGCGGAAGACACAAGGAGGAAUUCAUGCGGGAGAAGACAUAAGAAGCGAAAUUUCCUUAGGCCUAGAAUUGUAGGAGGGUCUUUUGCCUUGCCAGGAUCUUUUCCCUGGCUGGCUGCCAUAUAUAUUGGAAAUGCCUUCUGUGGUGGAAGUCUUAUCCGUUCCUGCUGGGUGAUGGCAGCUGCACAUUGUUUCGCUAACAGCCCAUUGAAGUCAACAAUUCGUGUUGUUUUGGGACAGCAUUUUUUUAAUAAAACAACAGAUGUCACUCAAGAAUUUGAGGUAGAGAAUUACAUCAUGUUCCCUUCCUUCACUGUAUACAAGCCACAUGAAAAUGAUAUUGUUUUAGUUAAACUAAAGAAGACCAACAAGCACUGUGCAAGAAGGUCCCAGUUUGUUAGAACAAUCUGCCUGCCAGAAAAUGGAAUGUCUUUUCCAGAUGGUUACAAAUGCCAGAUUGCAGGAUGGGGACAUAUGCAGGAAAGUAAGUUAGAUGUGUCUGGUUACUCUAAGGUAUUGCAAGAAACAUUUGUUCCGAUAAUCCCUGAUUACAAGUGUCAAAAUUCUGAUGUUUAUGGAGUUGAGUUUACUGAAAAUAUGUUCUGUGCUGGUUACCUUGAUGGCAAAUCAGAUGCCUGCCAGGGCGACUCUGGAGGACCACUGGCCUGUGAAAAAGAUGGAAUAACAUACGUGUAUGGCAUUGUGAGCUGGGGUGAAGGCUGUGGCCAGCCUGGAAAGCCUGGUGUUUAUACAAAAGUGUCAAAAUAUGUGGACUGGAUCAAUGCAAAGACACAACCAACUCCAAAAGCAGAAUCAUAGCAUUUUACAGUACUACUGUAGUUCACAUUUUGUUGUGGAUUGCCACAAUAAUGGUUUAUAAUACUAAGUAUUGUUAUAAAAAGGCAAUCUGUUCCAGCUUUUUGUACCUAUAUCACAAUAAUGAAUGUGUUCACAUAAACUUUACUUGUUAAUAAUA